AUGGAAUCUGAUCAUGAUCAUCACCAAACAGCAAUAUCUGAAAAUCCCUCUGAUGGAGAGGACCAAGGUGCAACUCACGUGACAUCCAGGUCCUACGAGUGCAACUUCUGCAGGAGGGGAUUCUCUAAUGCACAAGCACUGGGGGGACACAUGAACAUCCACAGGAAAGACAAGGCCAAGCUCAAGCAACAACAAUCUUCAAACCAAACUCAAGUUCAACCAUCUUUGGACAAGGUUGUUGUCUCUCCACAGGAUCAGACCAAGUCUGGUGAAGAACCCAACACACCAAAUUGGAAUUGGAAUGUGUCUCAACAAGAUCAUGUUUCCUCUAGACCCACUCACACAAGGCAGCUUCCACUCUUUGCAGAAUCACCAACUAGCAGUGAAACAAUAAAGCCACAAGGUCGAAAUACCACUGAAGGAGCUUUGCUAUCUACCCGAGAUUCAUCAUUAGAGUUAGACCUUGAACUGAGACUGGGAACUGAACCACAGGAUUCAUCAUCAGCAGAAACGGGUACAAGAAAUUUUUUUUGA